UGUGUGCGUGUACGAAAAAUCGCCAAUUCUAUAAAAGUACCGUCAGUUACCACGUACGUGCCGUUAAUAGUGCUACGCGUCAAAAUCAACUCUGCGCUAAACGUGUCGAGUAUCACGAAUAUAGUCUCGUCGAUUUCACAAUAAAAGAGCAUUUCUUCGUAACGCGAAACGGUUGUUGAUCUUGUGCACCAGUUCAUUUUCCAACGUCGUCGUAUUCUUCGUCGACGCAUCGUAUCUCCAUUAGAAAAAAUACUCGCGCAACUAGUGUGAAUUCCUUCCUGGCGUUUUUCAUUGGGAUUAAAGAACAACGUUUCUAGUACACCCAUUGUCAGCGACAUCCGAGAAAUUGGAGGUAACUACAUUACCGGACGCCUAAAUGGUGUUAAGCCUGUGACGUGAUUAACGUUGACCGAAGUACCGAGGAAGGUAUCAAAAUUGAGCAGGUCGUCCUCCCAUCCGGCGGUGAUCUCGCCAAAAUUUGGAGGAUGCUGAUGCCUGGUGCCGCUGGUCUCAGUGCCGUCGGUGCAGUGGGCGCUGUUGGGGCGCCAGGGCCGGACGAGCUUGUCUCGGGCCUUGGUGCAUUAGCCGGUACCACUCCGCAGCAGAAAGAUACCACUUGGACGAAACUUUUCGUCGGAGGUUUACCUUACCACACCACCGACAAAAGUCUUAGGGAACAUUUCAAUGUGUACGGCGACAUCGAAGAAGCCGUGGUCAUCACCGACAGGCAAACUGGGAAAAGUAGGGGUUAUGGUUUCGUGAUCAUGGGAGAUAGGCCAGCAGCGGAGAGGGCGUGCAAAGACCCCAACCCCAUAAUCGACGGUCGCAAAGCAAACGUCAACCUGGCGAUUCUUGGAGCUAAGCCUAGGGGUAAUCUACAAGCGACAUUCCCGUUCGCUGCUGGUAUUCGAGCUGGGUACCCCGCAGUUCUUCCUGGCCAAUAUGGGGUGCCACCGGGUUACGUGUACCAGUCGCCUUACCUGGCGGCUGCAGCGCCAGGUGGUUUGGUACCGCUUCCGGCGACGCAGUUAACCCACGCAGCGGCGAUGGCAGCAGCAUCCCAAUUCUACGAGUACCAGAACGUUGCGGCAGCGGCCGCCACGUAUCCAGGAACAUCGUACAAUUUCGCCGAGGCGUAUCCUUAUACCAGCGCCGCCGCGGCUGGUAUGUGUUUGAAAAGUGUCCAGAGCAAGGAUAGCAACGGGCUGAUACACCACCACCACCAGCACAACGGCAGCAGCCCUGCGGUGCUGGCACACCAACGAUUGGAGAAAGCUCUCCUGCCACCCUUUUUGCCGUCCGUGCUACGUAGCAACGCAAACGCGGCAGCGGCAAGUUACGUGACACCGUAUACCUAUGCAACGCUACCAGGUGCAGCAGCAGGAUUGCCAGCAGCCGCAGCCGCGGCUGCAACAGCGGCGGGUGCGGCCUUCCCAGGACUACCGUAUCAAACGACACCUCAGGAAGCAAGAUUGCAAUAGAACUCGGAUGGAUCGCACGGCAGAAAAUCGGCACCGUCGCCAAUUGUUCCAGGCGGCACUAAAUUCACACAGCGCGAAACUCGAUUCCCGCUGCACGAAUAUUUCAAGUCUUCUUCGCCCAUUUUAGCGUCGAUCCCGCCUCUUUCGUUGCCCGUGGAUUAGGCAUUAUUCGGUAGGAUUACACGCUGCACGAAAGAGCCGUUGUUUCAGCCAUUCGGAGCGACGCUCCGCGUUUUCGCAAGUUAAAUUUGGAAUCGACGCACGGGCGAGAGACUGAAAAUGAGUAAGCUUCGCGGAUGCAAAUUAUGCGCCACUCAGGAUCGUUGUCUCGCAGUUUCUUGCUAUAACAGAGACCAAAUAUAUCGACUGCUCAGGGCCAUCGAAAGUUAAACCUUAUUUACUAUGCCGCAGGGAGGACGUAUUAUUGCGACGAGAAAAGACGCGUGUACGCAGGUCUCUCGACGGAGCUAGGGGAGAAAUAGUGUCCUUGAGCGGGCAACAAUUUCGGUUUCUACUUUAACUUAACCUCUAAUCUUCUCCAUCUUAAUCUUCUCUUCCACAUUUUCCUUUAUAGGGCCAAACUUGGUACGCUCGGCCAAUGUACUUCGAGAUACAAGACGGGACGUAAUAUCGCUAGCGUUACGAUUAUUUAUAACUAAUGGAACACGGUGAGGCAUAGAAGCUUUCAGUAGAGGCGCGAACAGUUUCGGAACAUCGUGUAUCCUUUGUACACUUUUAUUAAGUGUUGAUCGAGAUUGAAUUCUGCAACGGUGUUAGUUAAGGCUAACUGAGAUACGUUCAAGCGGACAGAAUUACUCAUUGUUGAGACGAAUUGAAAGACUGGUCUGUAUUCAGAAUUGAUAUUGUUAGAAGGAUGUUUAAUCAAAUUGGCGACAAGUUUUUGGGGAUGUUAAAAUGUUUCUUCCAGUAUCGACGAAUAUUUUUCAUACUCUUUUUACAUCGUCAUUGUCACUGCUAUUUUAGUUGUUAAUCCUCCAGUAAAGAAGAUUUGUUAAACCACGAUUUCUCACACUUUUACACAUACCAUUUCUGAAUAUCGAACGAGAAGAUGCGAACACUUUUGAAAAUUUAGGUGUAUAGUCUAGAAUCAAUUUAGAUUCGGUUCGUCGGAAUCGAUACGUUUUCUACUUGA